GCGGGGGGCGAGGGCGGGACCCAGGGAGGGCAUUGAUCUCACGUUGCAUAGGGAGGUAGAGGCGCUGAGGAAUAGAGGGAAGUGAGUUUGGCUAGCCCGCUGGCAAAAGCGUUGUUCCCUAGUCCCCAAAAGGAGGGGUGAUAUGGACGGUCCCCUAACUCCCAGGGAGUCCGCAAAAUUCAUAGCGGAAAACAGUCGGGAUGUGUUCAUUGACGGCGGAGGCGUGCGGCGGGUGGCCGAGCUGCUUAUCCCCAAGGUCUCGGGGCCGGAGUUACGCCUGGAGGCCUGGAAGGCCCUUCAUGAGCUGAACCCUAGGUCGGCCGACGAGGCCGCAGUCAACUGGGUUUUCGUUGCGGACACGCUCAACUUCUCCUUUUGGUCGGAUAGCGAUGAGCACAAAUGUUUGGUGGGGUACAGGGGCAGAACCUACAGCGGGUAUUGGUCCCUGUGCGCCGCGAUCAACAGAGCCCUGGACGAAGGGAUACCAAUAACCAGUGCUUCGUACUAUGCCACAGUGACCCUGGAUCAGGUUCGGCAUAUACUCCGUUCUGACACUGACUUUCCCAUGCCUUUGAUAGAAGAGAGGCAUCGGAUUCUCAAUGAAACCGGGAAAAUUCUGCUUGAGAAGUUUGAAGGCUCUUUUCUUAAUUGUGUCCGAAAAAGUGAAAAAAGUGCACAGCAGCUAAUGCAUCUGGUAGUUGAAAGCUUUCCCUCUUACAGAGAUGUGACCGAGUUUGAGGGGAAAAGAAUUUCUUUUUACAAACGGGCCCAAAUCCUUGUGGCAGAUACAUGGAGUGUGUUAGAGGGAAAAGGUCUCGGCUGCUUUAAGGACAUCUCCAGUAUUACCAUGUUUGCUGACUAUAGAUUACCUCAGGUUCUUGUUCACCUGGGAGCCUUGAAAUACUCUAGUGAACUACUGGAGAAACUUCUCAAAGGAGAAAUGCUCUCGUAUGGGAAUAGGCAAGAGGUGGAAAUCAGAGGAUGCUCACUUUGGUGUGUUGAGUUAAUCCGGGACUGUCUUCUGGAACUUACUGAAAAAAAGGGUGAAAAAACUAGUGGAGAGAUAAACUCCAUUCUUCUGGAUUAUUACUUAUGGGACUAUGCCCGUGAUCACAGGGAAGAUAUGAAAGGAAUUCCAUUUCAUCGAACACGUUGCAUAUAUUAUUGACCCAAAGUGUAAAAUGAUCCAAAAAAAAACUUGCACUUUUAUAUUACAUAAUCAUUUAUACAAUUUCACUUUGAUAUUAAGAGAAGAUGGUAGGGUUAAUUUCUCCUGACUUAUCACUGUGAUCACUGUGUAUUCCCAAGUUUAUCCUUUUUUCUCUUGUUUAGUUUUAACUCUGUUUUCCCUUUUUGUGGACACAUGACAGAAAUUGUGAAGGAACUUGAAUGCUUUCUUUAAAUCUCAGAUUUCUUAAAAUUAAUCAUGCCAUAAUGUGAUUAAUCUUCAGUGACAAUAUUUCAUCUAUUUAACUGGUAUCUUUUCUGAAGGUGUAAUUUUCUAUAUAUCGUAAUCAUUUGGUAUGAGAAGGGGAUGGGUAGGGUCUUUGUUGUAUAAAUGCUGCUGCUCUUAUAAAGAUAUCAUCUUGACAGCUUAAUUCCAGCUUUUUGUCAGUAAUGACAGUUAGUUUUGCACAUAAUGAUUUCCAUUGAGGGUAUCGGUCUGUCUA